UCCUUUCUUGCCUUCCAGUUCCAAAAACUUACUUACUUGCUUCUAAGUUAGUUAGUUCUAGACGAAGUGAAGAAGAAUUUCAGGGAAAUGAAGCGAAUAUUAGAUUUAUAUCUUCGCCAGCUCUCCAAGCGGCCUUGGACAACACAAGCGGUCACAACAGGUUUUCUAUUCUGUGCAGGAGAUGUGAUUGCGCAGCAAGCCAUUGAGCGGCGCGGCACAUCGGGGCACCAGUGGCGACGCUCCGCGAUCAUGACUGGUGUUGGAUUCUGUGUUGCUGCACCUGCACUGCGCGGAUGGUAUAUGACACUGGAGCGGAUAUUUCCAGCCAAUGUUGCCAUGGCUCCUUUGAAGAAGAUGGUUCUUGAUCAGGCAUUGUUUGCACCGACCUUCCUGGCUGGCUUCUUUGGCAUACUGGGAGUGCUGGAGGGCAAGAGCUGGCAAGAGAUUCACGGUCGCUACAUGAACGACUACAUACCAGCUCUGAAAACCAAUUACAUGAUUUGGCCGGGUGUUCAAAUGCUCAACUUCUACAUCAUUCCGUUUCAGCACCGAGUUACAUUCGUGAAUGUUAUUGCCCUUGGCUGGAACUCCUAUUUGGCAUGGAAAGCGCACACAUGAGGCAAACCAUGCACAGUUCCUACUGAAAGACUGCUCCAAGAUGUGUGGUGUCAACUUUCCACGGUGGAAUGUAUGCCCAUGUCUGUCUACCACCACCAUUUAUCAAAGCCAAUGUUUUCGCCAACAUCGACAUAUUCCAGCUUGCUGCACUCCGAUAGCGGCGACAGCAGUAUAUACAUGGUAUGGAUGCCGAGGUCGAGAUGUCCAAUGAAUAUGUUCUAUUCUCUCGUGGGAAGUACAGAACGAACAGUGUAGCUGGACUGCAGAUUCUUCCACCAUUCUUCUUUGGUGUAUGGUCACAUCCGUUCAUCUUGUCCUAACUAUGUCAGUAUGUGCUCUGGAGCUCAAUACGAGAACACCUGAGCACCUACCUCGGUGUCCGUAAUCCGGGCAAGCAAAUGAUCCUUACAACUGCUAUGCUGCUGAUGUAUGAGGAGUGAUGACUCUUGUUGUUUGGAGAGUGCAUCACCUGUAGCAUAGCUGCUGACCUAGUCUGUUAUGCUUCACACAUUCUGCUGCUCUAGGUAUGGAUACUGGAUAAUCCCUUUACUACAGUUGUUGUAUGUUUUAGUAGAUCACUUGUUGUGCUUCUCAUUGCGUUCAGGCUUGAGUUUUCCUACUGCUAGUUGUUGCAAUUCUGCUCUGCUGGCUAUCGAGCGUGGCAAGAUUACAUGGAUACUCUUGGUCGCGGACAUGCAUUACAUGCCGCUGCUCGUGCCCGAUGUUUACUCCUGAUUCUUUGCACCCAAGACACUGA